AUGGCAUCUGAACAACCCGCACCCACCGACCCCGUCGAAGCAUAUCACGCCGUCCGUGACGGGUCCCUUACAUACGCCAUGUACAACUACUGCCCGGACUCCGACAAUAUAACCGUGCAAGAAACAAGUGUCUAUAAUCCUGGAGUGGGCGAAGAAGCCACCUGGGAGGCGUUUCUGGAUCGUCUGAAGAUGGACGAAUGUCGGUAUAUCGUGUACGACUUCAUGUAUCCCGGCACUCAGGAUGAGAAAGAGAUCACGAAAAAGAAGUUGUUGUAUAUCCUUUGGGCUCCGGAGGGGUCCCAUGUUCGGGAUAAGAUGAAUCUUUCGCAUCAUGGAAAGAGGUUUCGGGAUGCGUUUGGGCAUUUUGAUGAUGAGUUGCAUAGUACUUAUAAAGAGUGGAUUUCGUAUCCAGAAGUUGUUAAAAGGUUGGAGCGAGGGGCAAAAUAA